GUCACAAACCUGGAACUUCAGAGCCCAGGCUCCGCGCAGAGGAAGGCACAGCAAGAGCUGGCUGGGGGCCCACUGACCACUGCCAUGCCCUCUGCAUCCCCCACGAGGCCCUGGGAUGCUGUGCCCCCCAAUACCACUGCAGCAGUAUGGACCAAUGGAAGUGUGCCCCUUUUCCACCUGUUUGCCCAGCUGGAUGAGGAGCUGCACCAAGGCUUCCCCAACCUGUGGCUGGCGCUAAUGGUCGUGCAUGGCACCAUCUUCCUGGCCGGGCUGGUGCUCAAUGGACUAGCAUUAUAUGUCUUCUGCUGCCGCACGCGGACCAAGACACCUUCAGUGAUCUAUACCAUCAACUUGGUGGUGACUGACCUGCUGGUGGGCCUGUCCUUGCCCACACGCUUUGCUGUCUUCUACAGUGCCCGUGGCUGCCUACGCUGCGCUUUCCCUCAUGUCCUAGGCUACUUCCUCAACAUGCAUUGCUCCAUCCUCUUCCUCACCUGCAUCUGUGUGGACCGCUACCUGGCGAUUGUACAACCUGAGGGCUCCCGUCGCUGGCGCCAGCCAGCCUGCGCCAAGGCUGUGUGCAUCUUUGUGUGGCUGGCAGCCGGCAUCGUGACCCUGUCCGUACUGGGUGUGAAGACUGGUGGACGAUCAUGUUGCCGUGUCUUUGCUCUGACCGUUCUGGAGUUCCUGCUGCCGCUGCUGGUCAUCAGCAUGUUCACAGGCCGCAUCAUGUGUGCGCUGUCGCGACCCGGCCUGCUACGCCAGGGCCGCCAGCGCCGCAUGCGGGCCAUGCAACUGCUGCUCACGGUGCUCGUCAUCUUCCUGGUCUGCUUCACACCCUUCCACGCCCGCCAGGUGGCCGUGGCAAUAUGGCCCAAUGUGCCACACCACACGAGCCUCGUGGCUUACCACGUGGCUGUGACCCUCAGCAGCCUCAACAGCUGCAUGGAUCCCAUUGUCUACUGCUUCAUCACCAGCGGUUUCCAGGCCACUGUCCGAGGCCUCUUCCACCAGCACGGAGAAGAAUUCAAGCCCAGCAGUGUGGGCGCGGUCAGCAUGCACAAGAGCACCAAGGCUUCGGGCCCCCAUCAAAUCCUCAGCACUGGCUCUCACACCCUCACCCAGCCUCUGACCAAUGGGCCUGAGCCCUAG